AUUCAUUCAUUGAACAUAAAAUUUGCAAAGGCGACUUUAUUUAUUUAUUUAGUUGUUAUAAGAAUUAAGUGAAAUUUAUUACAGGAACCUUUUAAACGUACUACAAAUCAUAAAAAUGUUUACCUACUCUGAUUACAACUUAACGAAUGAGUGGAGCGGCGAUCUCGAAGUGCAUCCGCGCACUGAAUUUUCCAAUAUGUUGAGAUACAAAUGGGAUCAGUUGCACGAUGAUAGCAAUGUAUUUCGGUACAAGCUCGGCAACAUACGCGAGAGAAUUAUCGACAAGAAGACGCGGUACCUUCUCCAGUUGAAUCCAGAUCGUGGAUCAAACCGGAGAUCCCCGGAAGAGAUAGCCAACCUCAACCAGCCAUUCAACACCAGUAAAUUCAACUUCACCAAGGUUUCACCACAAGAGAUCAUGUUUGAUUUAGUUGAUGAACAGAAUGCUACAGACUUACACAGGGUGAUUGUGAAUGUGAGCCCUAUAUCUCGGUACCACAGCCUGCUGUGCCCUUCAGUAAACAAAUGCCUUCCUCAGGUAGCUACCAAGGAAAGCUUAAAGCUAGCUAUUGAUAUGUUUUUCCUCUUCCAAGAUCGUGAUCUCAGGAUUGGCUUCAACAGCCUGUGCGCUAUGGCGUCCGUGAACCACUUACACUACCACUUGCUGAUGGAAAAUAACACUUUACCAGUUGAAAUUGCGAAAUGCAACCACAUAAAAGGCCCUCUCUACAUUUUCGACGACAGCUACCCGGCGCCAGGAUUCUGUUUCCAGAUCAAGCACAAGCACUCAAUACCGCAACUAGCUGAGGAUGUCCACAAACUUGUCCGAUACUUACAUGAGAAUAACGUCCCGUAUAACAUUUUAGUGACAAGAGGACAGGGUAUGGGGUGGGAAGGGACGGAUGAGAUCGUGAGGGUGGUGGUGUGGCCAAGGAGAGGAAGCUAUGUGGUGAAGUUGUUAGGAGCGUUUAAUGUUGCCGUUUGCGAGUUGAGCGGCUGGUUCCCUGUUUACAAUGACGACGAUUUUGAGAACCUCCGCACUGAAGACAUCGAGAUUGAGAUCAAGAAAUGGCGGCCCGAGGCGUUCGAUAUAUUGUGUCAAGAAAUUAAAUCACUGUUCUAAGAUC